AUAUCGCGGCUCCCGGCUGAGCUGCGCCUGCGCAACUCAUUGGCGCCAAGAUGGCGAUGGAGAUGAGGCUUCCAGCGGCUCGCAAGCCUCUUAGCGAGAGACUGGGUCGCGACACUAAGAAACAUCUAGUGGUGCCGGGGGACACAAUCACUACGGACACGGGAUUCAUGCGGGGCCACGGAACGUAUAUGGGAGAAGAGAAGCUCAUUGCAUCUGUUGCUGGCUCUGUGGAGAGAGUAAACAAGUUGAUCUGUGUGAAAGCUUUGAAAACCAGAUACAUUGGUGAAGUAGGAGACAUUGUAGUGGGAAGAAUCACAGAGGUUCAACAGAAGAGGUGGAAGGUGGAGACCAACUCCAGGCUGGAUUCGGUCUUGCUGCUCUCGUCCAUGAACCUUCCUGGAGGAGAGCUGAGGAGAAGAUCUGCAGAAGAUGAGCUUGCAAUGAGAGGUUUCUUACAGGAAGGGGACCUCAUCAGUGCUGAGGUCCAGGCAGUGUUCUCUGAUGGAGCUGUCUCUCUGCACACGAGGAGCCUGAAAUAUGGAAAACUAGGUCAGGGGGUUUUGGUCCAGGUUUCCCCCUCCCUGGUGAAACGGCAGAAGACCCACUUCCAUGAUUUGCCAUGUGGUGCCUCAGUGAUUCUCGGUAACAACGGCUUCAUCUGGAUUUACCCAACACCUGAGCACAAAGAAGAGGAAGCAGGGGGCUUCAUUGCAAACCUGGAGCCUGUCUCUCUUGCUGAUCGAGAGGUGAUAUCCCGGCUUCGGAACUGUGUCAUCUCGCUGGUAACUCAGAGGAUGAUGCUGUAUGAUACCAGCAUCCUCUACUGCUAUGAAGCAUCCCUUCCACAUCAGAUCAAAGACAUCUUAAAGCCAGAAAUAAUGGAGGAGAUUGUGAUGGAAACACGCCAGAGGCUUUUAGAACAGGAGGGAUAAGGAGGUGCUCCAGAAGGACAGGACUGUGGACCUUGCAGGAGUGAAGACUGUGAUGUGUGGUCCCCAUAUGUGGCUCAGCGAAGACUCGAGAGGUCAUUACUUUGUCUGCAUUGACAGCCCUGUGACUGCCUCCAGCCUACAGGCCUGCUUUCUCCUGUCCUAACACCAAGCCUGAGUGGCAGAUGAACAGUGCUCCCUUGGGUUGCCGGCUGAGUCCCAGCAUUAGGGAAUAGUUUCAGGUCUUUCAAAGUGCAUGGUGUUCCAGUCGAAUGGCCUCCCAUCCUGGAAUAAUAUGGAGAAUCCUUUGUCUUCCACUCACUGUCAUUCACAAGGCACAGUGCCCCCAUGAAAUUGCCCCAGUAGAAAACAUGGCAUCCCUGACCCCCAAAUGGUCUGUUUUGGCCUCCAUUCCUAUAUCCUUUAAAUGACUGAGAAUGCAGCUGGUAAAGUUGGAAGAAUAGUUAACCAAGCAGGCCAGACACGGUGGCUCAUGCCUGUAAUCCCAGCACUUUGGGAAGCCGAGGUGGGCAGAUCACCUGAGGUCGGGAGUUCGAGACCAGCCUGGCCAACAUGGUGAACCCCAUCUCUACUAAAAGUACAAAAAAUUAGCCAGGUGUGGUGCGCACCUGUAGUCCUUAGCUACUCGGGAGGCUGAGGCAGGAGAAUCGCUUGAACCUGGGAGGCAGAGGUUGCAGUGAGCUGAAAUCUCGUACCGCAGUCUAGCCUGGGUGACAGAGCGAGACUCUGUUUAAAAAAAAAAAAACACAAAACCAAGCAGACUUUUGCUUGGUUGGAAUCUGAUUUUCUGUUGCAUAUUCCUUAUAGCCAUAGAUGCGAUUAUGUCCAUACCAGGCUGCCUUAAUCUGUCCUGCUUGGAGGGUGACUUGUAAGAUGCUGAAUUAUUCAUAAUAGGGUGAAUGUUCUGGGUCCAUGUACUCUGAGAAACAUGAAAAUAAACUAAGAAAAAUGGAGACUGGAAAAGCAAA